AUGCGGUCUGUUUACUCUCGGCUGAACGAGGCGCACACGAUGCAGCUAGUGGCGUUGCGCACGUCGAUUCCAGUCCCCAAGAUAUACUGUGCUUUUGAGCGCGCUGGCCGAGCAUACAUUGUGAUGAAGCGUAUAGACGGGGAAAUGCUUCAAGGCGGAUGGACUCGCCGUUCCGACGCGUCGAAGGCGCAGAAGUUCAAGCAGUUACACGGUAUUAUACAAGAGCUUCGCUACGUCAGACCGCCGGAUGAUGUGGGCGUCGCUAGUACAAGUGGUGGGCCGAUUGACGAUCGCCGCUGGCUGACCAAGUCGUUAUGGGGUCCGUUCACGACGGUCUCUGAAUUUUACACCGAGCUUCGAAACGGCAUCGACACGCAAACCUAUAGCGAAGCUGACAGAGCAUUGGCCCCCCGACCUCGCCGACCUUUUUACCUUUCAUUGUGA